AGCCAUUACGUUGCGCAGUUUAGUCAAGAAAAACUUACUAUUUUUUACGUAUUUUACGCACUUUAAAAUACUUUCCUUAAGUCCUAUUCAAAAUAUUAUGGCAUCACAGGCAAAGAAGAGAAAAAUGAAUUUCUCUGAAAGGGAGGUGGAAAUCAUUGUGGAGGAGAUGGAAAAACAAAAGCACAUUUUGGUGAACCAUUACAACGCUGGCGUCACUCACAUCGCCAAAAAUAACGCCUGGAUGGAUAUUCUGAAGCGGGUGAACGCUGUGACCAACUGCCAGCGCGAGCUCGCCGAGGUGAAGAAGAAAUGGUCUGAUUUGAAAACCGAGGUUCGUCGUAAAGUGGCGCAGGCUCGCGCAGCGAUUGAGGACACAGGGGACUGCACCACGGUACCGGUUAUUCUUACUGCCAUGCAGCAGCGCAUUUGUAACCUGUUGGGGGAAGCCACCAUCAUCAGCCUGCCUGCUGGAGAAUCGGGAGAGCCGAGUGCGGAGAUUGCGGUACCGGUGUCCGUGCCUAUUAGCACAGCCACCACUACCGUUACACUAACGCAGACAGGUAUUCAGCCGACACCUGGUACCACCUGUGAAAUGAAAACUCUAGAAGUAGCUGAGACCACGUUCCACACUCUGGAGGAGGGCAUGGUAGAGUACUGCACAACAGAGACACCUGUCACUGUUACAACUGAAGCCCCUGUGGAGGUUUUGGCGGCACAGGCAGAGUGUUCAGUAAAGCCACAGGAGCUUAAGAGCCGCAUUGCACUGAACUCUGCCAAGCUGUUGCAGGAGCAGCGUGUCACCAACCUGCAUGUGCGUGAAAUCGCCCAGCACUUGGAGAACCAGAAUGACCUGCUGCAGAUGAUCCGCCGUUCACAGGAGGCACAGGCCUGUGCCCAGGAGAGACAAGCACAAGCCCUUGAAGGUACACAGGCCACCCUUCUUGCCCUCAUCCAGAUGUUCAAGCCUGCUCUGAAGGACUUGAGAAAGUUCCUGCAAAAUGCUAACAACCCUAAUGUAACAGGAGGCAUUGAUACUGGCGAGGGGGUGGUGAACAUGCCACAGCAGGUGGAGGAUGGACAGUAGACUGACAUGUGUUGUAUUCUAGGGAGAGUGAGGUGUGUGUGCGUGCAUGUAUGUGCAUAUGUGCGUGUGUAUGUGUGUGUGUGUGUGUGUGUGUGUUGAAAUAUCCUUGAUUGUCCUACAUUCUACUUUUCAUGAGAGUAUCCUGUACAUCAAUGAUUCUUAAAGUGGGGUCCAGGAACCAUAGCUGGGGGUUAAUGGGUUAUUUUCUUUUCUCUUUUUUUUUCUUUUUUUUUGUGGUAAUUUUGAUAAUCCACAAUUAUUAAAAUUAUUUAUUUAUUAUUAUGAGCUUUUAUAGUUGUUAGCCUUUUGACUGGUCACUUGAAUUAAAUGGGUUUAAUCUAACCCUCAAUAACUAAAUGUUGAUUAAAUAAAUCUGUAAUGAGGUGGAUCAUGAAAUUUUAUUUUGCAAUUUAAGAGGUCCCUGGCUCCUAACAGCUUUAAGAACUACUGCUGUAUUUUAUAUGAAUGAAGACUUUAUGAAUGAUGACAAUAUGCUUUCUUUAUACCAUAUCUUCUUUUUCCCAACUAUUUUUUAAUUUAAAACCUCUCAUCAUUUCUGACUUAAUUUUGCAUGUAAGAAUGAGCUUCCACUAAAUCACCAGAGCCUCUGACAUUACAAGUCAAUAAACAAGACAAAAUGUAAACCCCUUGUCAACUCAUAUUCAUAAUUAAGGUCUUACAUAUUUCUCCUGACUGAUUUGAGUAGGACAGGACUAUAUUUGGUACAAGUGAUGUUAAAGCUACCCGAGUACCACUCAGAAUUAGACAUCUGCUUACAUCAGUUCACUUUUACCCCAACCACAGAAACUGGACUGACUUCUAUUUGUACACUCAGACUCUGUUUGCCUGAGCAUGACCAAAGCUGCAUGUAGUUAGAUUUUUUUUUUUUUUUUUACCAUUUUACAUGCACUAUUUUAGUGAAGUGCUAUGUAUGUAGUCAUGGUGAGAGGUUCAACUGUUUUUUAAUGGUGAAAGGAACGAAAAUUGGCAGAAAGCUGCACUACGAGUAUAAUAAUCAUGAGCUACCUAGUACUGUAAAAAGGUAGACAAGCUGUAUUUUUAUCUGCUGAACAAAUUUUUAUAAUACUCAUUCACUCUCACAGUAUGACAUUGAAAGGCAAAGAUCACAGUUUCCAGCAAAGAAAAAUAUGAUGAAGCUAAUCUGAUGUUGCUAGUAAAACCCAUGGACAUCUAACACCACCACCGCCUUGUGACACUGUACAGUGUCAUGCUUAAAUAUUCAUCCCCUUGAACUUUUAUACAUUUUGUAGUAUUACAACCUGGAACUGAAAUGGACUUAAUUGGGAUUGUUACCAUUUGAUUAACACAAUAUCCUGUGGUUCACUCCUGAGCUUAGGUUACUCUCUGUGUGGAGUUUUGCAUGUUCUUCCCAGGUUUGUAUGAGCUUCCUCCGUGUUCGUCCUCCCACUGUCCAAAACCAAGCAGGUAGGUGUAUUGGCCAUAAAAUUGGCUGUAAAUUGCCCAUACAUGUGAAUGUGUGUUUGCACAUGUUGCUCUGCCUUGUGCCCGGUGUUCCUUAGAUUGGCUUCUGAGCUACCUCUAUCCUGACCAGGAUAAAGCACUUGAAGAUGAAUGAAAACUGAAGAAUAAAGUAACCACAUUAACGAUAGAGCAGAUAUAUUAAAAUUAAAUAAAAUAAAAACUUCUUAUAAUACAGCAAAACACUGGAUGGUGGUAAACACACUGAACAGUAAGACACAUAACAGUACAUUUUCAAUAUAAUCUUUUCACAAACGUCCCUUCUGAAACCAUGAAUGGCUUAUGUGAAUGUGAAAAUCGUGACUGUGAAAUGGUUACAGAAGAACUGUGGUCAUGCCAUCUGCACUUCAGAAAAGCAGAUAAACAAUUUUAUUUCAAUGUAAAGUUAUGUACCUGAAACUUCACAGAAAUCUGAUAAAUGGACUAGAGGUCGACUGAUUAACUGGUACAGAUAACCAAUUGCUGGAACUAUCGGUUAUCGACAAAAAUCCAGACCGAUAGUUUUUCCCGGUUGCGUCCAUUGCAGGAGUGGCUGA